CCCAUCUCUUCUCCGCUCUGCUUGAGUCUUCUGGAAUGGACCUGCCUGCCAGGAAGCCAGGUCACCUUUGGUCCUGGUCUUGCCUGCCCCCUGGGGAACACAGGUUGCCCAGGCAGUGGUAGCGGCAUUCGUGGCAAAAGAUGCCCCGGGUCCUGGAGCGUGCAGAGGGCUGCUGGGCCUGGGUGGUGCUGCUGGCCUCCCUGGUGACCCAGGGCCUCACUCUGGGCUUCCCCACGUGCACUGGCAUCUUCUUCACUGAACUACAGCAUGAGUUCCAAGCCAGCAAUAGUGAGACCUCAUGGUUCCCCUCCAUCCUGACAGCCAUGCUCCACGCUGGGGGACCACUAUGCAGCAUCCUGGUGGGACGCUUUGGCUGCCGAGUGACGGUGAUGCUGGGGGGCGCACUGGCCAGCCUGGGCAUGGUGACCAGCUCCUUCUGCCGCACCCUUAGCCAGCUCUACCUCACAGCAGGAUUCAUCACAGGCCUGGGCAUGUGCUUCAGCUUCCAGUCGAGCAUCACCGUGCUGGGCUUCUACUUCUCCCAGCAUCGGGCGCUGGCCAACGCACUGGCUUCGGUGGGCGUCUCCCUGGGCAUCACGCUCUGGCCACUGCUCUCCCGAUACCUCCUGGAGGAUCUGGGCUGGAGGGGCACCUUCCUUGUCUUCGGCGGAGUUUUUCUCCACUGCUGUGUCUGUGGAGCCGUUCUGAGGCCCGUGGCCACCAGCACAGCCCCUGAGGCUACAGAAGGCCCCCCUCCACCUUCCAAGACACCUGCUCCCAGCUGCCUGGCAGCGUGUGGUCGGGCCAUCCAGCGCCACCUGGCCUUUGAUAUCCUGCGGCACAAUGCAGGCUACCGAGUGUACACACUGGGUGUUAUGUGGAUGAUCCUGGGUUUCCCACUGCCGCACGUCUUUCUGGUGCCAUAUGCCAUGUGGCAUGGGGUGGAUGAACACAGGGCAGCCCUGCUCAUCUCCAUCAUUGGCUUUAGCAACAUCUUCCUGCGGCCCAUGGCUGGGCUGGUGGCAGGCCGGCGGGACUUUGCUGGCCACCGGAAGUACCUGUUCAGCCUGGCAGCCCUGCUCAAUGGCCUCACCAACCUGGUUUGCGCUGCAUCGGCCGACUUCCGGGUGUUGGUGGGCUACUGCUUGGUGUACAGCGUGUCCAUGAGUGGCAUUGGAGCCCUCCUCUUCCAGGUCCUCAUGGAUAUUGUCCCCAUGGAUCGGUUCUCCAGCGCCCUGGGCCUCUUCACCAUCCUGGAGAGCAUCUCCAUUCUCAUCUCCCCGCCACUGGCUGGGCUCCUCCUGGACACCACUGACAACAACUUUAGCUACGUUUUCUACAUGUCAAGCUUCUUCCUCAUAUCAGCUGCUCUCUUUAUGGGUGGCAGCUUCUGUGCCCUUCAGAAGAAGGAGAGGCCAGGCAAGCAGGCCAAGGCAGAAGGAGCCAUCACGGAGGCUGCCUCAGAGCAGGUCCUCACGGCGGAGGACUCAUGUGAUUCCAAGAAGCAGCUAUACACCGAGGUCAUGUAUGUGACCAGCGUCUGAGCCCUGAGGUCAGUGAGUGACCACCUCCGCAGCCCAGGAAUGUGAUGUCCAGCUGCUAGGGGCUGGGGUGAGGGGCUGCCCAGGAAGCCCGAAGCAAAAAGCCAUCCAGGCUCUGCACACUGGGAGUCAGCCAGGAGCUGGGACCUUGGAGGCU